AUGCCCAGGCGGGCGCCGAAUCCGGCGGAGAGGGCGCCGCCUUCCCCCCAGUUUCCCUCGUGAAUUCCUCACGCUGAAAAAAAUCCGUGAGAUCGACGUUGGAGCGUCUCACCUCGCCGCCGCGGACGAAGAAGACUGGAUUCCCCGCCGUGUUCGGUCGGGAAGGCAUGUAGAAGUGCUGGUAAAUGGGGACGAGAAGAGGAGCCGUCUCCAUUACACUCUCGGCCACUCUCAGAGCUUCGGCAGCGCCGUGAGGCUUCGAACCCCACGCGGACUCGCACCAGAAACGUCCCCACGAGACCUCGUGGAGGAGGUCGGACGUGGGGAGACAGAUUAGGAGCUGAAGCUGUUCCGGUGAAGCGGAGCGCCAGUUAGGAAACCCAGUUCCUAUCGGCAGGCCCUCCCGGAGGACCUCCCGGAGAUCUGGGGGGAAGAAGAACGCGUGGGACGACUCGAUCCUCGAGAUUUCCUCAUCGGAAACUCCUUCCACGACGGGUAAACCCAGUUCACGAAGCCGCCCGACGACCGUCUUGGCGUACGCCGCGAAGGAGAAGCACACACGCGGCGGCCGCCGCAGCCGACGUUGGAGGCCACUUUCCGCGGCGGCGUACUCGUCCUCCGCCGCCAUCGGCUAG